AUGGAUAACGACGCUGAUUUGGCUCCUCGUGACGCCUGUCCUGGUGAUGGCAGGGAGUCUUCCAUGUUUGUGGAGCAGACUCAACCAGACUAUGAGUCUGUAGACCUUUCAAACUCCUCACCGUCACCAGUGGAUGACGACCUUACUAAUCAUGGCAAGCGAACGACUGAAGUCGUUCAACAAACCACGGAAAACGGUGGCAAUGUUGAGCAAAAGCGGGAUAACAAGCAGCUAGAGGACAAUACCUCCGGCGCCCCGGGCAGCGUCCAAUCCUCCAGUGAUGACGAAGAGGAGGUUGACAACGUGGACAACAAUCGAAAGGAGCAUCUGCCCAUCGCACAGCUGCCUCACGUGCAGUGCCAGGACUGCGGCACCUACCAGAAGCGUCUCAGGCUAAGAGAACGCAUGAUCAAGAAGAGGGACAUCGAAAUCACCAAAUUGAAGGCUGAAGUUCAACGUCUCAAAGCAGAUCUCCGUCGCAGGAAUGUUCCGGAUAACAGCUCAGGCGGCCAAGGAUGGGCCAGAAAUCACGCCCACACCGACGGAAGGAUCAAGCCUCAGGCAGGAAACAUCAAAAUCUGGCCCCAACUGCUACGUGAGAUGCUCUCUGGUGCUUCAGAUGAUGUCAGCUGGGAGACAGUCUGGAACACGUCGUACCAAGAAGAGAAUAUGCCGACUCGACUCUUGUUGCACCCGUGUGUGCGACUUGUUGAGCGGGAGCACUCCGACAGCCUGCCUGUGCACGCAGGCUCCGCCUACAGCUCCCGCGCGUCUACGCCAGUCGUGUCGGCCAGACCUCGAACCAAGUUCAAGGGGACCUUUGACAAUCUCCCGACAAACGUGUUGGUGAAGAUCCUCUGCGAGCUCCUCGUGUUUGAUAAAAACCUUGUCCAUGCAUUCAGCAGGCUCGACCCUUUCGAGGAACCCCAAGCAUUGAGUGACGCCUUUGCAGAUGACUAUCACUUAGGGCUGACCAGAACUUCCGGUCUCAAAACGCGAUUCUUCAUUUCUGGAAAGGAACGAGCAUUCAUUUCCUUGACGCAUAACACUAUUAUGCCUAGAGAUCUGCUAGCUCCUCUUGUGGUGAGCCGCAAGUGGUGCUUUUACGGUUGCUCAAUCUUUUACUCAUGCAACACCUUCGCCUUUAGCUCCUUUGGCGAAUUCGACCGCUUUGCCAACGGAAUCGGGCCUGCUCGAGUCCAGCGAUUGACCAAUGUCGAGCUGCAUUGGAUGGGGGGCAAGAAUUUGCGCUGGGGCGAGGAAACUGACAACAAAUUACCCAACAGGAGAGUGAUGCCACUAGCCUGGCUUUGCGAGAUGCCACGACUUCAGUCUCUUGUCGUCUUCAUGUUAUACGAUACAAACCGCUACUUAUCGCAUUACGAUCGCAACAAGAGCGCCGUGAGAGACCAGUCAGCGGUCAUUGAUCUCAAUAGAACUGCUCGUAUGAAGCCCGUUGCUUCGCGUGCUGCCCUCGCAGCGCUGAACCGGCUCGAUCCUCUAUUUCCGCCUAGACCAGAUAGAUGGAACCCCGGGCCCGAAGACUGGGCCAUUCUGCAGAAGAUCGAAGCCAACGGCAUCGCAUACGAUUGCCGGCGCAAUGACCUUGAUAUAGACGUGACGCCGAGACAAGGCACGCCUAGCGACUGGGAGGGACCGAGUGGCAGUCUUCACCUAGGUAGCGACGAGUCCGAUUCAGGAGACGAUUCAGACUCUGGCGGCGACUCUGACGGUCUUCCAGAUGCGCCUUCUACCCCGCCGGCGCCGUACGCGGUAUACGAGACCCCCGACAAAUCUACAGUUGGUGAUUAUGAAGAAGAGCUGGAUGGAGAGAACGGCGAGGGUACCGAUGAUAGAGAUGCUGACUUUGAUGAUCCACUGGAGACCGAAGAACAGAUCCGCCGACAGAGAACUCAUGACUUUAUCUGCAAUCUGCCCACAAGCGAGCGCUUGUCUCUCGUUCCACUCAGCCCUCUUGCCAGCUACCAGAGCUUCCGCAGCGAGGGACGGAGUGUAUCCCGUAUCUGGUCACCCUUGGCAAAGGCCAUCUCUGAACGCUUUCCUGACCAAUCUCGUGAGCCUAUCGUCAUUGAUGAGGACGGGGAGAAAGAUGGCGACGAUGUUGGGACGUCUAAAUUCGAGUGGCCUCCACAGGCUCCGAACAUGAACCUGGAAGAGCGCCGGCGUUCCACCACGUCCGGCCUUUUUGUCACGCCCGGUCCUACUGAGGAGGGCUUAGGCGACAUAGGUACAAAAGGAUUCAAAGCGACGAGGUCCAUGGCCCGUGAGGCGAUGGUCUACAUUGACCUGACGCUUGAUUCAAACGAGGACAAUCAGCAGGGUCCAGAUGGCGAGUACCUCACAGCAUGCCAACGACUUGGUCGGCCAGCUCCUCUAAGAGGUGUAAAGCGCGGACGUGAGACGAGUGAGCCGAAUACUGUGGCUAGUGAGGACAAUAUCGCCCAAAAGAGACGUCUCAGCAACUUCGACCUUGACGAUCGUCCUCGCGAUGCCCGGUCGUGGCCCGGCGCGGAUCACUAA